AUGCAGCAAGCCGCGACCGAGCAGCAACUUCAUCACCACGCCUCGGGCCUGCGACACCAUUCCUCCGGACUCUUGCAACACCAGAUGCCUGUGAGCCAGUCUUCUGCGCCUCUUGGCAAUGCAUUCUCCACCUAUCGCUCGACAGAUGAGGUGUCGACGCCAGGGUCAUCGCGCCGGUCGUCCAUCGUGUCCGAGCUGGCUGACGGCGCGCAUCAUCAUCAUAGCCACCCUCUCCAACUACUGCACCAGCUGCAGCAACAAGCUGCCAGUCUGUCGCAGCACACGAACACUCACGAUGACGUUGACCAAUUGGCGCUGGCCGCGCUGUGGUCGGACUUUGGCCUCGAAAAUGAGCGUCUCGGCGAGCAAGCCGACGCUGGUUCCAUGACGAGUGCUGCACCCCACGGUGGCAACACUGCCACCAUUUCCAUGUCUGCCUCGACCGCCACAACUUCGUCAUCGCUGGCUAGCCAAUCCGGCCUGCUGCACACGUUGGCGGAAGAAGACGAUCUGAACCUGGCAUCUCUAGCCUCCGCAAAUCGCAUGUCCCUUGACUCGUUCAAAGAAUUAGCGCCCGAGGCGACUCCGAUAUCAUCGAGCUCCUCGGUUGCCGCACACGACCAUUCGUUCUCUUCUUCGGCGUCGCUCGCCCGGCUCCAUGCUGCAAACUCUGCCAGCUCUCCCAUCGCAGCCCAUUCUGUUGUUGUCGCGCCGAAUGCCAACUCGAAUCUGGCCACCACUCUUGGCAACAGUGGCAUUGGUAGCAAUACCCACACGCACACGUUUGAGGCUCUCCAGGACCGGUACGAGCUCUUGUCCACUCCGCUUUUGCUCGACUCUACCACAACGGCGACAUCCGAGCAGCAGCAAGACGAAUCGUCGCCGAUUACUUCGCUCCAAGAUGGCGUCAAGCGUGUUCGUCUCAGCGCAGAUGAGGAUUUCCUUCGCGGAGUCGCUGCCACAUUCAAUGUUGCAAACGAGCAGUCUCACUUUUCCUUUGGCAUGCUGGACGAAGACCUCGGUGGGCCCGAGCGAUCGCAUUGA